AUGUUGAGCUUAAACGCGGCGCUUCGUAUGCGCUGCAUGACUUGGCAAUUUAUCUACGGCGCGUACUGUGUCGAAGGCUAUCGGAUGACCAGUCACAGUGCGGACACAGUGGUACAGUUGAAUGAUUUGCGGAAGAUUUUGGUCACUCGGUUUGUACAGCGCUUGACCACUCUCAGUCCGUGUUUGGAAGCGAACAAUUUUUUUGCGGAAUAUCAUUUGGAUUUGGACCCGGUGUUUUUGCGUGUGAUCGAUGAUGAUUACGACGAUCAUGUGAACGGUGUGACCAGACGUCGAUUUGUUCACGUCUAUCAGUCGUGGAUUCGCUAUUGUCUGGAGAAACAAGCGCUCACUGACACUGUAUCUUGUGACUCAGAUUCCCCGUUGGUAACACUAUGCUAUGCCUUGUCGAUUAUGGGUCGUCGGUGCAUGGGUGGUAUUCAAGCGGCCAAUUUCGAUUAUUAUUUUGAAACUGAUGAUCAAAACAUUCCGGGGCAUCGAUGA